AUGAGUGGCCGCCUACUAGACCUUUUUAAACCUUUCGAGGCAUUCCUGCCUGAAGUUAUCGCUCCUGAAAGAAAAGUCCCAUAUAAUCAAAAGUUGAUAUGGACUGCGGUUUCUUUGCUGAUAUUUUUGGUGUUGGGUCAAAUUCCAUUGUUCGGUAUCGUUUCAAGUGAAAGCAGUGAUCCAUUGUAUUGGCUUCGUGCUAUGUUAGCUUCCAACCGUGGUACGCUUAUGGAGUUGGGUGUUACUCCUAUAAUUACAUCGUCUAUGAUUUUCCAGUUUUUACAGGGUACACAAUUGUUGCAAGUGAAUUUGGAAAGUAAGCAAGAUCGGGACUUGUUUCAGGUUGCUCAAAAGGUAUGUGCUAUUGUUUUGACUUUAGGUCAGGCUAUCGUUGUUGUCUUGAGUGGUAACUAUGGAAGGGCAGCUGAUUUGGGCAUUGCAAUCUCUUUGUUGUUGAUUUUGCAGCUUGUUUUUGCUUCUUUUAUUGUCAUGUUGUUGGAUGAAUUAUUAGUUAAAGGCUAUGGUUUAGGUUCAGGUAUCUCCUUGUUUACUGCAACUAAUAUUGCAGAGCAGAUUUUCUGGAAAGCAUUUGCUCCUACCACUGUCAAUUCUGGUCGUGGUAAAGAGUUCGAGGGUGCCGUCAUUGCGCUAUUCCACUUAUUGAGUAUUAGAAAAGAUAAGAAAAGAGCCUUGGUGGAAGCAUUUUACAGACAACAUCUACCAAACAUGUUCCAGGUGCUUUCCACUGUCGGCGUUUUCUUGUUUGUACUAUACUUGCAAGGCUUCCGCUAUGAAUUGCCAAUUAGAUCUACCAGAACAAGAGGUCAACUUGGCGCAUACCCAAUCAAGUUGUUUUACACUUCUAACACUCCGAUCAUGUUGCAAUCUGCCUUGACAUCCAACAUAUUUUUGACUUCUCAAUUACUCUACCAAAAGUUCCCAUCAAACCCAUUCGUUAAAUUACUGGGUGUCUGGGGUACAAGACCAAGUGCUCCAUUUGGCCAACAAGCUGCCCUUUCCGGUUUGUCUUAUUACAUACAGCCCCCAUUUUCCUUUACAGACGCCUUACUAGAUCCUACCAAGACUAUCAUUUACGUUUUAUUCGUCCUUGGUGCAUGUGCCAUGUUUUCUAGAACCUGGAUUGAUGUUUCUGGUACUUCGCCCCGUGAUGUCUCCAAGCAGUUUAAGGAACAAGGCUUGGUCAUUAAUGGUAAGAGAGAAACUAAUGUGUACAAAGAAUUGAAGAGAAUCAUUCCUACCGCAGCUGCCUUUGGCGGUGCCACUAUUGGUGCUCUAGCCGUUGGCUCCGAUCUACUAGGCACAUUAGGCUCAGGUACUUCAAUUUUGAUGGCGACCACCACUAUCUACGGUUACUACGAAAUCGCUGCAAAGGAAGGUGGUUUUACGAAGAAUUUAGUCGCUGGCUUCACAGAAAUCACGGGUUAA